AUGAGUAACGUGGUGCAAUACGUGUUGGUGCGAGGUGACCUGACCAGGACCCUGAAAUGGCCGUCCGGCGCCGUCAUGGCCCAAGCGUGUCAUGCUUGCGUCGCAGUGGUGCACACUUAUUACUCGGAUCCAGACACACAGGCGUAUCUAAAGGACCUCGAGAACAUGCACAAAGUUAUCUUGGAGGUACCCGACGAGCCCGCCCUGUUGAGCACGGCCGCGGCGCUCGGAGCAGACGGCGUGCAGCACGUCGUGUGGAAGGAACAGCCCGAGGACGUGGCCACGUGCGUGGCGCUCAAACCCUGCGCCAAGGGCACGGUGAGCAAGUACGUGAGGAAGUUCAAGUUGUACAGCGCGUGA